AUGGCUGGUCUUUUAAGAGCGUGGGAUGCGGGUGGUUGAGAUCGGGAUCUGGAUCUGCUGCUGCUGGAUCUGGCACGGUGUUCUGCGUCGUAACCAACACCGCCACAAUGCACAUCCCGCUCCUACGCCUCGUGCUUGCUUCCCCUGCCAGCACCGGCUUAACCUCCUCCUCCUUCGUAACAAACCCCACCUCCACCCUCUCCCCCGCCGCGCCCACGGCCUCCCUCCCCGCUUACGGCACCUUUGCGGGCACAACCAUCAACGCCACCCUCAAAGGCGAUGCAUUCCGUUCCGGCGGCGCAGUCGAAGCCUGGCUGGGGAUUCCGUACGCGAGCCAGCCGGUUGGAGAGGACAGGUUUAGGCCUGUGGGUGCGCCAGAGGCGUUUGUGGGAACGCGAGGCACGAAGGACUAUGGGCGGGUGUGCGUGCAGGAUCCGAGCUCGUUCCAUGCCGACGAGGACUAUGAGCAGGGUGAGGACUGUCUUAGCGUUAAUGUGUUUAGGCCGGUGGGAGCUGGUGGAAAUGAGGAAGGGGAAGAGAAGGAACUCCUGCCGGUGCUGGUGUGGAUCCAUGGCGGCGGGUUUGUGAGCGGCUCGGCGCGGAGUUUUGACGGCGCGACGUUUGUGAGCGAGGCUGUUGAGGGGGUGGUCGUUGUUACGUUUAAUUACCGGCUCAACUCCCUGGGCUUCCUCCCCUCCUCCCUCUUCGAGCGGCACGACCUCCUAAACCUAGGCCUCACGGACCAGCGCCGCCUCCUCGCCUUCGUGCAGCGCUACAUUGCGGCCUUUGGCGGGGAUCCCGCACGCGUGACGCUGGGCGGCCGCUCCGCCGGCGCCCACUCCACCGGCCUGCAUCUGUACCACAACUACGGCGACGCGGCGGGCGUGGGGCCGGGGUUCGCGCAGGCGAUCCUGCAGUCCGGCUCUGCGACGGGGCGGUCCUUCCCUGGCGCCGAGUAUCCGCUGUACAAGCAGCAGUUUGCGACCUUUUGCCAGAGCGUGGGGUGCGGGGCCCUGAGCAGCGCUGAUGACGACAGUGAUAGUGGGAGUGCGGACGCAGACGCCGACGCCGCGCUGCUGGCCUGCUUGCGCGCCGCGCCCAUCGACGCCAUCCGCGCUGCCAGCUCCGCCCUCUUCAACGCCUCCGACUACGCCAUCACGUGGCCGUUCCAGCCCACGCGCGGCGGGCCGCUCCUCGAGCGCGCGGGCUCCGUCUCCGCCGCCAACGGCACGUUUUACCGCCUCCCGAUGCUGACGACCAACGUCCCCGACGAGGCCAAAUACUACAGCCCCGCGCUGGCCACUGACGCCGAGUUCCUCGCGUUUCUGAAGAACCUGAUCCCGGGGCUUUCGGCGCAGGAUUUGGCGGAUCUAGAGGAGCUGUAUCCGGACCCGGAGACGAAUAAGGAUGGCCCUUAUGUUGGCAGCCCGAAUGCUACGCAGUAUGAUCGCGUUAGCGCCGCGUUGACGGAUUAUAUGUAUGCGUGCGCGGGCGUCGAUCAGGCGGUAAGGCUGAGUGCUGCGGGUGCGCCCGUGUGGAAGGCCCUCUUUGCGACGAAUAACUCGUUUCCGGCGUGGGAGGGCGUGCCGCAUACGGCGGACACGAAGUACACCUGGAACGACCCCACAGUGCAAUACCCCGAGAUCGGCAAGCUGCUGCACACAUACUUCGCCAACUUCGUCAUCCACGGCGAUCCGAACGGCCCCAACGCCAAAUCUGCGGGGGCUGGGGAGGGCGGGCGGGCGGGAGGGUGGAGAGUGGGUGAAACCGCGCAACAGCCCCUCAACGCCAGCCCAGUGUGGCCGCGCUUCGUAGACGCGCUCGAGGCGGGCCGGCCGGGGCUGCAGUUGCGGAUUGAGCCGUUUGGGCAGACGAGGGUGGAGGGCGAUGCAAGGAGGAGGCCGCAGUGCGAGUGGUGGCGGGAUGAAGAGAGGGCGGUGCGGCUGGAGAAGUAGGUAGGUAGGCUCGUGUUGGGGAGGGGGAUUGAAAGGACUUUGGUGGAGGUAUUUAAGAGUAUGGAAAUUGCGCGGGCUGUAUUUGCCUUGGUGCGGCUUUUGGGAGCGAAGUUUUUCGUAUGCAGAACGAACGGGUCUCUGACU